AUGUCUUUCACAGAUAUUCUCACCUUCGUAGGCACAGCCCUUGUGGUUGCUGUCUGCUUUUACAUCAUCAACAACCCAGUUGAUAUCGAGGCUGCACCUGUUGCCAUCCAGGUUGCCCCUCUUCUACCUAUUAUCAGCUGCCCAGUUGUUAUCGAGGCUGCACCUGUUGUCAUCCAGGCUGCCCCUCUUCUACCUAAAAUCAAGGUGCUUCCAGAGCCCCAAGCAGCCCAACUCGUUGCUUCUCCUUCUGUAAAGAAGAGAAACAGAGUUGAAGAGUUUGUCGGCUCCUCCGUGGUUGUACCUUCUUCUCCAGAGAAGAAGAGAAAGACUUUUGUUAGAUUGUCUUCUCCUUCUGCCUCGGAGAAAAGACCAACUUAUAGAAAACCUUCUCGUCAAUCACCCAAGGUUACUAUUAGUUUGUCUUCUGUUGCUGGCGCGCAACUUCUCGAAGCCAUCCAAUCUGCCAUCCCUCCCCCGGUUGAUAUUGUUCCAACUGAAGUUGCGUCGGCAUAUGCCGAAAUCUCUGAAGUUGUUUCAAUGGAAAUCGAGAUGUCAGAUGCCCCAAUUGUCUCUCAGCUGAAGUCCUGCUUCAAGAGCUCCUCUAAUCGCUUUGCGAAAAGAGUUCGCUUUGUAGGACCAAGCAACGAUUGUAUCCGUGGUCAGAUUGCCACUUACGUGGUUAAGAAGGACAUGGUAUGCUUUCGUGAGAACAAUGCAGGGGCUAGGUCAAUGCCCCAUGAGAGCUUUCCUCUUAUUGAGGAGAUGGAUCGGCAAGGCAACCCUACUGGAUGGUUCACUAAACGGGAUAGUCUUUUCUAUCCCCCAGAAGAACAGAGUAGAUUUGAUCGCUGCAAAGAGCACACACUGUGUAGACAGUGCAGAGAAAGUGUGAUUGAAGGAUUUUGCGAUCCUGAAGUCGAUUUCUCUGAUGAUGUGCUCGAGUCAGAUGAUCCAAAUGCUCUAGUUCAUCACGUCCAAAGGGACCAAUAUAGUCGAUACAACUGCAUCCUUCAUGGUGGGAAUUGA